ACCUAUGGGUGGGUUGCACGACGAUAAGGGACUGCGAGGAAACCGCCGACAAUCGACCCAUUCAAUGCUUGGUCUCUAAGGCUGAGCUCCUACGAAUUGGCUCUAUCAUUUCGUCGUGUUCGCCUACCUACCUACCUACCUACCUACCUACUGAGCGUCCUUUAUGACUAAUUACGGCACACAACAUACAUUUCUCAUGUCUAGGCACAGGCACCAGCAGACACAUUCGCCUGGUCAACUCAGUACAUCCUCUCCUGCGAUUCGCCCGCGCUCAGGCAUGCCACGCACUCGUCAGAAUGUCUGAGUAUGGUGUUCCAGACUCGCUCAGCCCAGGCCCUGAGGUAGGCGGCGACCUUCCAACUACCAACGACGCCAGCGGCGAUGCACCUGUUUUCCCCUCGCUUCAGAACAAUGGCGCGGCAAGUCCCUUGUCUUCAGAAGCCGCCGGCGGCCCCACGAUCGGUGAAGACGACAAUGACGACGAGCCUGCUGUAGCGAAGCCCUUUAUGCGAACAACGAGCCCCGACCCGUCCACACGCGCGUUCCCUGAUAGCUUCGAUGACCGUGUCCCUGAUCGCCUGGUUUACAAGAUGCACAAGUUCAGUCUCUACGAGACGGCCAGUCGCUAUUACAUCGUCGGGGUCGAUGUCAGUGAAAAGCGCUAUCGCAUCCUCAAGAUCGACCGCACCACCGAGGGUGCUGAGCUCAACGUGACGGAUGACAAGAUUGUUUAUAGUUUGAAGGAGAUGAACCAAUUGCUCGACACAAUAGAUGACGGGAAUCGAGGUACCGGUGGCAUCAAGCUUCGCUGCACCACAUGGGGCCUCCUUGGCUUUAUCAAGUUCACCGGCCCCUACUACAUGCUUCUCAUCACCAAGAAGAGCACUGUCGCUAUGGUCGGGGGCCACUACAUAUACCAGAUCGAGGGCACUGAGCUUGUUUCCCUGACUCCCGCCAAGUUCAAGCCAGAUGCACGCAACACCGAGGAGCAACGAUUCCUCGGCAUCUUAAACAACCUCGACUUGACUCGUUCUUUCUAUUACAGCUAUUCUUACGACGUUACACGUACCUUGCAGCAUAACGUCAUCCGGGAGCGCGAUGCUCUUGCUAAGGGAAUGCUACCGCCAGACGACGAUGAUUUCAACUCCAUGUUUGUCUGGAACGACUAUCUACUACAGCCUGCCGUUACUGCUCUUCGGGACCCCUACGACUGGUGUCGUCCAAUUAUACAUGGAUAUAUUGAUCAAGCGGCUCUAUCAAUUUAUGGCCGUACUGCACACAUCACCGUCAUCGCAAGGCGCUCGCGCUACUUUGCCGGUGCUCGGUUCUUGAAACGCGGAGCCAACGAUCUUGGUUAUGUUGCCAACGAUGUCGAGACGGAACAAAUCGUAGCCGAGUCACUGACCACGUCAUUCCACGCACCUGGUCCUCAACUAUACUGUAGCCCGCAGUACACCUCUUAUGUUCAGCAUAGGGGGAGCAUUCCGCUUUACUGGACACAGGACAGUACCGGCGUCACACCCAAACCACCGAUUGAGCUUAAUUUGGUUGAUCCGUUCUAUGGCGCCGCCGCUCUGCACUUCGAUAACCUGUUCGAGCGCUACGGUGCGCCGAUCUAUGUUGUUAACCUGAUCAAGUCCAAGGAGCGAACACCUCGUGAAUCAAAGCUGCUGGAGGAAUACACUCAUGCCAUUAACUAUCUCAAUCAAUUCCUGCCUGAGGAGAAGAAGAUCAUUCACAAAGCGUGGGACAUGAGUCGCGCAUCGAAAGUGCGUGGUGGGGACGUUAUUGGCAACCUCGAGCUUAUCGCAGAGUCGGUCCUCGCUACGACAGGCUUCUUCCGAAACGGAGACGGUCUCACAAGCCCCAUGACAGCACAGAAUGGAGUCGCCAGAACAAAUUGCAUCGACUGCUUGGACCGUACCAAUGCUGCGCAGUUUGUCAUAGGCAAGCGAGCCUUGGGUCACCAGCUACAUGCCCUUGGCAUUCUUGAGGAUACGUCGGUCGAUUACGACACGGACGCUGUCAAUUUGUUCACUCACAUGUGGCAUGAUCAUGGUGAUACCAUUGCUGUUCAGUACGGCGGCUCACAGCUGGUCAAUACCAUGGAAACUUACCGCAAAAUUAACCAAUGGACAAGUCAUUCAAGAGACAUGAUCGAAAGCUUCAAGCGAUACUACAACAACUCCUUCCUGGACAGUCAACGUCAGGAGGCCUACAACUUAUUCCUCGGUAAUUACAUAUUCACGCAAGGGCAACCUAUGCUGUGGGACUUGGCAACUGACUAUUACCUCCAUCACGCCGACCCACGAGAUUGGUCUGCUAGGUUGAAGCACGACUACAUCAAUUGGUAUGUUCCGGCUCACUUGCAGAAACGAACAAUUCCACCAUACGUACCCAGCAAAGACAUUGCCCGCGCUCAUCCGGUUGAAUUCUUUGAUGACUAUUGGCUCGAGUAUUACAGGCCAUCCACCCUAUCUUCUUUCCCCAAGAUGUUUGCCUACAAGAUGAACUCAACUAUCAAAUACAUUCCCCUUAAAUCUACCCAGGAUGGCCGCUACGACCUCAGCCCUUUCCGGGUUCGUACCGACAAUGAAGUUGAUCACGGCGACAAAAAGAAAUCGAAGAAAGAUGCUCAUCCACACGCAAAUGUAACAAGUUCUCGUGGGCAGACUGUGGGAGCGAAUGGGGCGCCAGAUUCGAUCAUGGACCGAUCACCAGCGAAAGGGAUCUCGCUCCAGCGUUGGCUGCAACCUGUUCAAGACAAAGGUGUACAUGCCCAGCUCUCUGCGACUGGACACGAAACCAACCAGUGCAGGCAUCUGAACAUAGCCCCAAGACGAAGCCAACAGCCCUGGAGAAAUCCAAGGCUGCACAAUGGACUUUCACCAAAGCUGUCCAUGACUCACUGAAUCCGUCUGUAGCCGAGCAGGAAUCCGAAGAUUACGAGCGAUACAUCCGUCAUCCUCAAAACCUUCCUCUCGUUAUCUCGAGCGACACGCCCGUAGACGUGGAUGCGUCUGAGUAUCAGGAGUAUGUAAGCGGUGACUGGCAAGAUGAAGGUUUAAUGGUCAAAGGAACUGAAGAAGAGAUCGAUGUCUACGCUGAGUUGCUCAAGGUGGGGGAAAACCCUCUGACAGUGACUGAGGAAGAUGGUCCGAAGAAACGAUACAAAGCCUAUAGGAAAUGGCUGCGUGGGAAGUCUUUUUUCAAGCAGCAGCCUCUGGACUGAGACUUAGCAGCAGCCCCUCAGCCUUCAGCGAGCAUUUUCGGGAACAGAGUACACAGCCGCGGUUCUUGCUUCAAGGCUUCACUCAGCUUCGUGGGACGUUCAGAGGCAUCAUGGUCCCAGAGGGCCUGAAGAAUUCGAGCUGUAUGUGCCAACUCUUGUGACAAUGUGUUGAUAUCAGCUGAAGUCCGAGAUUCCUCAUGCUCGAUCUCCUCAGAGACGUUUAACCAACAUAAUGACAGAAUUCGGGCGACGUUCUCGAUAUGCUCAGUUUCUCGGACACGAGGCCAUGUAUUAGUAAUGAUGGCGCUCAUGGUUUGCGUCGCCGCUAUCAGGGUCGGAGGAUAUGAGACUGCAAAGGGGUCUGUCAUGACUAAUGAUACCAUUGAGAGAAGAGGCUAGCGCAGACGUGUUAAAGAAAGCCCGAGGCUUUUUUCGGUAAUAAGUCGUUACUCACAGUUAAGUGUUUGGUUGUAUAGAUACCCAGACCAUUGAUUACUGCUGUUGCCUUCUGUAGCAGAACGCGGACAACGCGAGUGUGCUGAGAAGCAUGGAAAUAGCCUGCGAAUACUCCGUCCCUGAGGAUCUUGUCAAAUAAUCGGCGGCGCUCGAUACUGUUGGUAUGCCCGGUGGCCUGGGCCAGCUUAAUAAGCACGUCGUAAGCCGGCAUGAGUAUAGUCGUAGACUCAUCCUCUGGUGUGACGCUAGGGAGAUAGAGCAGGAGCGGGAAUGUGACGUCCGCAAAUACACGGCCUAUGCCUGUGUUUUGCAGUACUUGAGCUGGGCACCUGUUCAUGAAUUCUCUCGUGGUCAUUAAGCCUCUGGCCUUGGUCUUGGUAGACUCGCUCUCCACCAGCGCCAACAGGACUGGCAAGAAAAGCGGCCAGUGCUGCUUGAUGAGCGACGUCUACCAGCGAGUGUCAGCGCAACUGAUCGCAUUUCCACCAGCGCAACCUUACCGUAGACAUAUUUACUGUCCAUUGGAUUGUGGCCUCUGCCCACGGGGCCUGAGUCCUCCAUGACUGCACUUCGAUCACAGGUCGGGACCGAUCAUCAACCACGUCAUACUGGGAGGGCCGUCCUGAAGCAGUGAUUCGCGAGGAUGAUUUCAUAAAUAAUGGCUUCAAAUGCUUCUGAAGGACCGCGUUGGUGAUAAAAUCGUUCAGACUUUCACCCUCAAGGUGUUUCGACAAAAGUUUUGAAGCUGCUGCUGCAGCUUGUGCAGUUGUCCAUGGGUCCUGAGGAUCAGUAACAGCUGUGAGCUUCACGAGAGUAAUCUGAUCCAGGGUAAUGCGAUAUUUCGAGCACAAGAUACUGAGACUGGCAACAGCUGCUUCUGUGAGGAGUUCUGAGUGGUCUUUGUGGUGUUAGUCAAGCUACAGAAGUGAUAGAUUAUGCACACUGAUGCACCUUGAACGCUCCUCAAUGUCAAUGCUUUCUCACUGACGGCUGCCACAAGCCUCGAUAAUUGGCUUUGGCCCAUGUUGUCCUCUGAAGACAAGACGUGGUUAAUUACACUGAGAACGGCAUGACGAAGGUCCUGGAGUCAACGAUUGUCAGCUCGGUGCUGUUUAUCUGAGCCAGAUAACGUCAUAGGCGUAUAGGGAAACGCACUGUAUCAUUGGAUUCAGUCAGGGAAGAUAUCCCACCGUCAGGUUCUGCACGAAAAUGCUCCGACUUUCCUGAAAGAAAGAAUAUAUCCUGGUCAAUUCGGUGCUGAGAAGCCUACGUUAGGCCAAACACAUACCCGAGACAUCAUGCAACAAUGCUGUAUUUGAAGGGCCAACGAGCCCUUUCAACGCACCAAGUACGGUAUCAGAGCCAGUGACUGGCAUGUUAUCGUUGAUUGGGUGUUGGUGAAGGAGAAAAAUGAAGAGCGAAUGUCGGAUCUUGAGAUAGGAUGCCGCAGGUAGGAUAGAUAGGUAUUUAGGUAGUUCCUAGAUACCUGGAUAUGUUCAUUGUAUCCACAUAGCAUACGGUGUCAAAAACUCAGUUGGUCGCACUGUAUGGAAACUAGCUCUCUGCUCAUCAUGGUCAGGUCAAGCAACUUUGUCAUUCAGUCUCAGCGUACAUUUUGUCAAGUUCUUUAUCAUUUCACUUGAUCGUAUCAAUUGCAAUGUAGGGUCUUUUAGCUCUAAAUAUGCAUUGCAUCCAUACAGGUCGUGUAUCCAUCAUGAUAGUCAAGUCAUGGCAGCUUUGCCUAGGCCAAUACCUACUUGACACACUUAGAAUAGGCUGCACCAGGGCAUAUGCUAUGCAGAGCUGCCGACUUGGAACGAAUACCAACUUAGCUCCUUACUCACGGUAUCCCCAACUCUUCUCUCCGCCGCUGUACUUCUUCUAUUGCGCCGGUUGGGUCUGAUUCGCCACGGUUGCGAAGUUGCCAUGCAACACAUACAUCUAGAGCCGGACCUGUCCAUUUCCCCGGUUUGAUACCACCAAGUGCUUUGGCGAGCUUUCCGCCAUCAAGGAGCUUUUCGAGUGUCGUAACUUCAUAAACGUCUAACUUGGCGAGGUGGUCGAGGAAACUCUUCCAGCCUGCUAAGAAGUUACUUUGUUCUAGAAACAAGUUACUGGGAUGUUCAUGGGGGAAGGGGAGAUGGCAUCACCCUUACCUGCUGACUCUUCUUGGCGCCAGACCGUCAGGGUUUCUAGGGCCUCGACGAGUAGUGCAUUCAAAACCUGCAGUCUCCAGGUACCAGCGGGCGUGUCCCACUUCCUGAUUGCCAUGCCGAAGCGAUCUCGUUCUUGGAUGUACGACUCUCCAUUGCAGACGGCACGUUUCAACUUCAAAAUUUCAUCACGAUUGCGAUGCGAAGCAGCAACAACACUCGAAAGUCGAUUUGGGGCUUUGAAGCCUUCGCGCGAGACAAUGGCCACGAGAGGGAGAGCGUUUGCUUUCCUACGAGGAUGCGGAGGCUCUUCGACCGUCAUCCAUGGAGAGAGCGCGGCAAGGUUCCAAGCGGAGUAUGUGGCAUCCGUGGAUGUGAUAAGUCGACCAGCGAUGGAAGUCGAGUCUCGAUCCUUGAGAAGCUCAUCAAGACAAGUAUAAGCAACAGCCCAGCGCGAUAUAUCGGGGACUGGGAGGUUCUCCUGGGUUGGGUCGGUAAAGAUUGCAUGGAAGAGUUGUAACUCAUGGAUGAGUUGAAGUGCUUCAAAAGGGUGAUCUCCUACCUAGAAGUUAGCACAUUCCGUUCAGUUUCAGAUCAGAUCAAGGUGCUGCAACAACCUUUGAGCAUUUUCUCCAACUCUACGCCAACUCGCUCUCGACUGAUCUUGGCACGCAAUGCCUCGAGGACCUUUGGGUCUGCCAUGUAUCUGCGCGUGCUGGCGUCAAUUGUGAAUUGGAGCCGGCUGGCGAAACGAACAAGUCUCAAAACCCUCAAAGGGUCGUCCAUGAAGGUCUGGAAGGGCUCCAAAGGGGUUCUGAUUAUUUUAGCUUCCAUAUCUGCAAGUCCCCCCGUAAAAUCUUCAACACGAUCGUCGUGUAAGUUGUAGAAGAGUGCGUUCACGGUGGCAUCGCGGCGGCGAGCGUCCUCUUCAGCCGUACCGAAUUCCAUUUGAGGGUUUCGACUGUCCUCGGUAUAGGUUUCCUUUCUGAGGUUGACGAAAUCGAGAUCCAGACCAAACAUCUUGAUCAUGGCCGUUUCCAGAUGCUUGGACUUCUCAGGGUUGCGCGCAACGUUGUGGAGGCUUCCAAUAUCUGCAUGGCCAAUGCUGUGCUUGGACAUGGCCUCUGGUCGUUCACAAUAAUCGCACAUAGCUUGAGCAAAAGGGACCCCAGUCAUGGCGUUGAUGGCCACGUCUAUGUCAUGACUCUGGAUAUCGAGCAGCUUGUCGCGUACCCAGCCACCGGCCCAACGGAGAACAAUAGGCUCUGGAGCUUUUCCGGACUCGUCUAUAUCUUUGGCAACAUCGAGAAGCAAACGGCGGAGCUGCUGCUCCUUGCUGGUGAGUUGAAUGGUGGUGGUCACCAUGCUGGGCUUGGACUUGGACUUGGGAACCUUGGCAGGCGGUCCAGGAACUUUGACUUUGGGAGAUGGCGUUCUUGGGGUCGUGACCGAUUUGGAAGUCAACGAAUAGUGAUCCUUGAGAAAUGAGUCGAGAUUUCUCUUCAUCGCAAGACGCAAAGAGCGUUUGAGCAUUUGACGUUGGGUGGGUGGGGCCGCUGCACAAAUAAAUUACGAUUGUAUGUGUGAUAGCGAAAGGAGCGAAAGGAUAAGAUAGGUAGGUAAAUAGGUACCUUAGUAGGUAGAAAGGAAAUGAUGCUGCCUCAUAAACACGUGCCUAAGGCAUGUCUGUCUAAAUACUUGAGACUGAGGGAGUAGGUACCAGGUAUGUUCGAGUUGGGGCGUCUUGGUGAUUGAUAAAGGUAUCUCUACCUAGGUACCUACCCAGGGCCUUUAGAAUAAAGCCUCGAGGUGCCCAUUCUCAGUCAGACUCAGGAUGAGUGCAUGCAUGCAUGAAUGAAUGACUAAUGCCCCC